CCAAGCUUGUUUCCACCUGAAUUGCAGGGGUAUUGAGGGGCCAGACCAGGACCACCCCUACCCUUUCACACCCCUGCUUCCAUUUCCACGCAUCCACUCCACGGAGCCCUCGCGUGGAUGGAUGGAUUAUGUAACGGGCAGGCCCGUGGAAUGGAUGGAAAUGGAUGCACGGACCAUCCAUUUCCACGGCGUGGACGCGUGGACCGUGGACGUGGAAUGGAUCGCCAGCCUGGUGCUACCAGCGGCUACACAGGCUGCUAAUUAUGAAACCAUGGAUCCGCAGACGCCACUGCCUCCUCAAGAAAACCAUCAAUCUCGGCUGUCUAGGCUGCUAUUCCUUGCAUGGCCUCCCUCGAUCACUGCACUUACCGUCUUGGUCAAUAUUAGUCACUUACCAUCUCGGUCAAUAUUUAGACUAUUCGCCUAGCAGGGCACAGACAACAAUGCAGGACUUGGUGGAUCGAAACCCGCACCUCAAAGGUCUUCCAUACAAGGUCAUCAACAUUUGGAGAGUUUUGCACGGCCUAGCCACGACUGGCCGCUUGCUCUGUGUGACUGCACGACAAUUGACCUCAAAGACAUUGAAUUCAUGGGCUACGUCGGACGUGAAGGUGUCACUGAGGGACUGGAGGUUUACCACAACCCGGAUCAGAUCUGGUAUUUUGCGGACAAGCAACUUCCCGAGGGGGUUAUUGUGUUCUGCAACACCGAUAGCCAAUCGUUGGAAGUUCCUUGCAAGUUUCAAUAUGUCCAAUUACCUCCCGCACUAGCCUAGACCUGACGAAUUGCUAGUAUCUCCCCACGCGGCAUUCGACUACCGGCAGACGAGU